UGGUUAUCAGAGAAAGGGGCAGAAAAAUCAGUGGCAGCAUCUCAAAAUUCAGACAAUGAGAUCUGCAUAGAUACUUACAUAUUGCUGAGAAAAGUUGCAUAAUGGCAUUCAUUCCUGCAGUGUCUGAGAUUUUGAGGAUGGUGCUUCUGGGUAACACUGGUGUUGGAAAAAGUGCAACAGGCAAUGCAAUAUUAGGAAGAGAAGCUUUCAGAGAGACUGAAACCACAGAGUGUGAGAUACAGAGAGGAAGAGUGGAGGACAGAAACAUCUCAGUCCUCGACACUCCAGCAAUCAACACCACAACUCUCAGUACAGACCGGCUGAAGACUGAACUAGAGAGGUGUAUCUCACUGUCUUCUCCUAGUCCUCAUGUGUUCCUGCUGGUGGUCAGAGUGAGAAGAUUCACAGAGGAUGAGAGGAACAUUGUGAAGUGGAUUCAGGAGAACUUUGGAGAAGAAGCUCUGAAGUUCACCAUGGUGCUCUUCACUGGAAAAGAAGAAAUGACAAACCGGCAGUGGAUGAAGUUUUCCCAGGAUGCUAAGAUGCUUCAAUUGAUUACUAGCUGUAGAGCUGGGUAUUAUGUGAUAAACAGUAAGAGAGAGGUCAAUCCUGCUCAGAUCACUAAGCUCCUGGAGAAGAUUGAGACCACGGUCCAACAGAACAGGGGUCAGUGUUACACUCGUGACAUGUACAAGGCUGUUCAGAGGAAGAGACUCCUACAAGAAGAGCCACAAGAGGAAGCGAAAACAAGGGGCAAGGAAAGAAAGAGACAGGAAGAGAUACAAGAGAUGGAAGGAAGAGAGGAGGAAAAAGUAGGGAGAGCAGAGGAUGAGAGGCCACCAGAUAGAGAAGAACCUACACAAAGUACAGAAGAAAAACUCCACACAGAAUUGAUGUUAACAAAUAGCAUGGGGGAUGAUGGGGGUCCAAGCAAAGUGAACAAAUUGGAAACCAUAACAAUGGGACAGAGUAUAGAUAUGAUAAAAGUGGUUGAAAUAACAAGGACUGAAGACGAUGAAGAGGUAAAACAACAAGAGAAAGGGGCAUCCACAAGAGUGCAGGGGAGAUCAGUUGACUGUUUAUAUGAGAGAAGGACAGAAAUGGAAGCAAACUCCAUACAAGAAGAUCUCAAGAGUCAAGAAGAGAGUCAGAAGAGGUGGGAAGAGAAAGGAGCAGCAGGAGGAACGACGUCUGAUCCAGUCUCUGGUUUGAGGAUUGUGCUGCUGGGCCCUGCUGGAGCUGGAAAAAGUGCUUCUGGAAACACCAUCCUGGGCAGAGAAGCAUUUGGAAAGAACUCCCUCAAUAAUACCACAAAGUGCAAGAGGGUGGAUGGAAUGGUCAGAGAUAAAAUCAUAACUGUGAUUGACACCAAGGGAAUCUCACACCGGGCUGAUCUCUCAUUGCACUUCAAGACGUUUGAAGAGUGUCUAUCUACAGCUGCCCCUGGUCCUCAUGUCUUCCUACUUGUAAUUCAUUCUCCCAGGGGUUUAAAUGAUGCCUUUUACCCUUUAAUUAGAAAUUCCGGGCAAGAAUUUUUGCAGCGUGCUAUCAUCCUGCUUACCCAUGGAGAUUCUUGGGGAACGGACCACAGAUUGGUUUUAAAUCGGAGCUGGCAUUUAAAGCAUCUUGUGAACAGCUGUGCUGGAAUUUAUCAGAUCUUCAACAAUGUGGGGAGAGGAAACUGUACUCAAGUCACAGAGCUGCUGGAGAAGAUAGAGACUGUGGUGCAGAGGAAUGGAGGACAGCACUACACUAAUGAGAUGUACCAGGAGGCUCAGAGAAUGAGGAUGGAAAAGGAAAUUAAAGAGAGGGUGGCUAAUUUAGAAAAGAAGGUGGCUGUAUUGUCUACAGAAUUGAGAUCUCAGAGGAGUAGAAGUGAGAACGAUGGAUGUUCCUUACUGUAAAUCUUCUCACAUCAGCUUUUUCUAUAAUGAGCUAGAAAGACAAUGACUUCUGAAAGACUCUAACAGUCGUGGUAGUUGUGGGCUGGAGGUUAGGGAACUGGCCCUGCGACUGGAAG